AUGGAGUCCUGGUCAGUCGUUGAUUACCAGAAGCCACUAGAGAAGUUGAGUGGUCCCAUCCCCGAACCUGUCGGAACCGAAGUCCUGGUGAAAGUAACCCACUGUGGUGUCUGCCAUUCUGAUUUACACUUCUGGGAGGGAUAUUAUGACCUCGGAUUUGGAAAACGACUGAAAAUGAGCGAUCGUGGGGUGAAGCUCCCACGCGCACUUGGGCACGAGAUUCUCGGAGUAGUUGAGAACGCUGGGCCGGAUGCGCAAGAUGUACAAAUCGGCUCACGACGGAUUGUUUAUCCUUGGAUAGGAUGUGGGAGAUGUCGACGAUGUGAACAAGGCGAAGACAACUUGUGCGCCAGUGGUAGACCUCUUGGUGUUGCUUCAAAUGGUGGAUUCGCAAGCCAUGUCAUCGCACCCCAUCCCAAAUUUCUCGUCGAUCCUGGCGACGUGGACCCGGCGGUAGCAUGCACAUUUGCAUGUUCCGGAAUUACUGUGUUAAGCUCAAUUCGCAAAAUCCUACCAUUAGAACCGGAUGACCCAAUCCUCCUGAUAGGUGCGGGUGGAUUAGGCCUUGCUGCAAUCGCCACGCUGCGGGCCCUUGGACAUCGCCGCAUAAUCAGUGCAGAUAUCUCUGAAGACAAGCGUAAAGCUGCCAUUGAGACUGGUGCUACCUCUGCAGUUGACAGCUCGAGUGAAACUGCAGCCAAAGACAUUCAAGACGCUGCUGGUGCUCCAGUGCUGGGAACGAUAGAUUUUGUGAGUAAUACACAAACUGCAGCUCUCGCAUUUGAGGUUCUGGCAAAGGGAGGGAAAAUGGUUCAAGUGGGAAUCAUGGGUGGUGAACUCAACCUGUCCUUGGUUGGGAUGAUCUUCAAGGCACCAAUGAUCAUGGGAAAUUAUACCGGUAACCCAGGCCAUCUGAGGGAAGUUGCAGAGCUCGCAAAACAGGGCAAGCUAUUGCCAAUUCCUGUUACGACGAUCCCAGUAGAUGAGGCUAACGAUGCCUUGACGCGUAUUCGGGAAGGUAAGGUCACUGGAAGACUGGUUUUGAAAUGGUAG